UAGUCUCAAACCAUGAAUUAUGUGGGACAGCUGGCUGGGCAAGUGAUAGUCACUGUGAAGGAACUGUACAAGGGCAUUAACCAGGCCACUCUGUCCGGCUGCAUUGAUGUGAUUGUGGUCCGCCAGCAGGAUGGCACCUAUCAGUGCUCACCUUUCCAUGUACGGUUUGGGAAGCUGGGAGUCCUGCGGUCCAAAGAGAAAGUGAUUGAUAUAGAAAUCAAUGGUGAUGCUGUGGAUCUUCACAUGAAAUUAGGUGACAAUGGAGAAGCUUUCUUUGUGGAGGAGACUGAAGAGGAAUAUGAAAAGCUUCCUGCUUACCUUGCCACCUCACCAAUUCCCACUGAAGAUCAGUUUUUCAAAGAUGUUGACCCCCUUUUGAUGAAAUCCAGUGGAAAUGAAAGAUUACCUCAGAGUUCAGAUGUCUCACACAUCUUGGAAACGGAGACAGUUUUCACUCCAGGUUCUGUGAAAAAGAAAAAACGAAGGAGAAAGAAAUGCAAGCAAGAAAGUAAGAAGGAAGAUCAAGCUACUUUUGCUCCUGCAGAAGACUCAUUUGAUGUGGACAGAAGCUCAGAUGAUGAGAAGGGAGCCCAAUCAGCAAGAGGAUCUUCAAAUGCUUCCUUAAAGGAAGAAGAAUAUAAGGAGCCUUUGAUUUUCCAUUCUGGGGAUCAUUACCCCUUAUCUGAUGGAGAUUGGUCUCCUUUGGACAACGCCUUUUCACAGGCUGCAUGUCCUAAGAGUGAUUCAGAGCUGGAGGUGAAGCCCGCUGAGAGCCUACUCAGAUCUGAGUCACACAUGGAGUGGACAUGGGGAGGGUUCCCAGAGUCCACCAAGAUGAGCAAAAGAGAGAGAUCAGACCAUCAUCCUAGGACAGCUACAAUUACACCAUCAGAAAAUACCCAUUUUCGGGUAAUUCCUAGUGAGGACACCCUCGUGAGUGAAGUUGAAAAGGACGCUUCCAUCGAAGACACAGUCUGUACCAUAGUGAAACCCAAGCCUAGAGCUCUGUGUCAGCAGAUAAGAGAUACAGUUUCCCCUGAACAACCUCCUGAUCCUCUUCUUCAGAAUAUUCAGGUUUCAUCUAUGUUAGAUGUGGACAACUUUCCUAAUCCAUCACUAGUGGAGGCUUCCUCAGAAUUAAAACCAGCAGCUAAAGUAGACUCACCAUCAAAGAAGAAAGGUGUUCACAAGCGAAGCCAGCACCAGGGACCUGAUGAUAUUUACCUGGAUGACUUGAAGGUUCUAGAACCUGAAGUUGCUGCUCUCUAUUUCCCUAAAAGUGAAUCGGAUCCCAGCUCCCGGCAGUGGCCUGAAUUGGACACGCUCUCUGGUUCCCAGUCCCCACAGUCUGUGGGGAGUGCAGCUGCGGACAGUGGCACCGAGUGCCUCUCUGAUUCUGCCAUGGACUUGCCUGAUGUCACUCUCUCACUUUGCGGGGGCCUCACUGAGAAUGGGGAAAUUUCUAAAGAAAAAUUCAUGGAGCAUAUCAUUACAUAUCAUGAAUUUGCAGAAAACCCUGGACUUAUAGACAAUCCUAAUCUUGUAAUACGGAUAUAUAACCGUUACUAUAACUGGGCUUUGGCUGCUCCCAUGAUACUUAGCUUGCAAGUAUUCCAGAAGAGUUUGCCUAAGGCAACAGUCGAGUCCUGGGUCAAAGAUAAGAUGCCAAAGAAAUCUGGUCGGUGGUGGUUUUGGCGUAAGAGAGAAAGCAUGACCAAACAGCUGCCAGAGGCCAAGGAGGGAAAAUCUGAAGCACAACAAACCAGCGACCUGCCAUCGAGGGCCAAAGAACAAGCCAGUGCCAGGUUGUCUGAAGAUGACUCAUCAAGUGAUGAGGCAUCCCAAGAGCUCGAAGAAUCCAUCAAAGUGGACCCCAUUCCUGGGGAGUGUCUGAUCCAUGGCAACACGACCUCAUACAAGAAGUCCCUCAGACUCUCCUCGGAGCAGAUUGCAAAACUGAAGCUCCAAGAUGGACCAAAUGAUGUUGUAUUUAGCAUUACAACCCAGUAUCAAGGUACUUGCCGCUGUGCAGGAACCAUUUACCUGUGGAACUGGAAUGACAAGGUCAUCAUUUCUGACAUCGAUGGAACAAUAACCAAGUCUGAUGCUUUGGGACAGAUUCUCCCACAACUGGGUAAAGAUUGGACUCACCAGGGUAUAGCAAAGCUCUACCAUUCUAUCAACGAGAAUGGCUACAAGUUUCUGUACUGUUCUGCCCGCGCUAUUGGCAUGGCUGACAUGACUCGUGGCUAUCUUCACUGGGUCAAUGACAAGGGCAUAAUCUUGCCUCGGGGGCCUCUGAUGCUGUCCCCCAGCAGCUUAUUCUCUGCCUUCCACAGGGAAGUGAUAGAAAAGAAACCAGAGAAGUUCAAAAUUGAAUGUCUAAAUGACAUCAAGAAUUUGUUUGCCCCAUCUAAGCAACCCUUCUAUGCUGCCUUUGGAAACCGCCCAAACGAUGUCUAUGCUUACACACAAGUUGGAGUUCCAGACUGUAGAAUAUUCACCGUGAACCCCAAGGGAGAGUUAAUACAGGAGAGGACCAAAGGCAACAAGUCAUCGUAUCACAGGCUGAGUGAGCUCGUGGAACAUGUGUUUCCACUUCUCAAUAAAGAACAGAAUUCUGCCUUUCCUUGCCCAGAAUUUAGCUCCUUCUGCUACUGGCGAGACCCGAUUCCCAGCGUGAGCCUGGAUGACCUGGCAUGA